GGCACGUGGGGUGCGUGUGCAGUGUGCCCCGCACCGCCCGCGGGGGACCCGGGCACCGGGAGCCUCACCGGGCACGGAGUGACCCCGCUACCCAGGGAGCCUCACCGGGCACGGAGUGACCCCGGCACCGGGAGCCUCACCGGGCACGGAGUGACCCCGGCACCGGGAGCCUCACCGGGCACGAAGUGACCCCGGUACCCAGGGAGCCUCACCGGGCACAGAGUGACCCCGGUACCCAGGGAGCCUCACCGGGCACGGAGUGACCCCGGCACCGGGAGCCUCACUGGGCACGGGGUGACCUCCGCACCCCAGGAGCCUCACUGGGCACGGAGUGACCUCCGCACCCCAGGAGCCUCACCGGGCACAGAGUGACCCCGGUACACAGGGAGCCUCACCGGGCACGGAGUGACGCCCCCGGGACCCUCACUGUUCACGGAGUGACCUCUGCACCCCGGGAGCCUCUGUGCACGGAGUGACCCCCGCACCCCGGGAGCCUCACCGGGCACGGAAUGACCCCCUCGGGAGCCUCACUGGGCUCGGAGUGACUUCUCCCCCGGGAGCCUCUCUUCACGGAGUGACCCCCGCACUCUGCGGCUUCUCACUUUGCACGGAGUUACCUUGCACUGUGGGAACCUCACGGCGCAUGGAGUGAUCCCCCACACGUCGGGGCUCCUCAGUGCUCACCCGGUGACUCACUGGCACCCCGGGGAGCCUCCAUGCCCACGGGGUGACCCAGCACCGCGGGGAGCCUCGGUGCGUACUGUUGACUCUGCACCCCGGAGCUCUCACUCUGCACAGGGUGACCCCCGCACCUCCUGCGGGCUAUCACCAGGCCAUGCAGAUGCCCAUGUCUCCGCAGCCUGGGUGGCUACGCAGUCCCGUGUCCCCACACGCCGAGGGCCGUCCCCGCCGCAGGGCCCCGAGGAGCGCACGGGGCUAUUUUUGGGCCGUGGCGUGGCAGUGCCAGGGGCCCCACGUCACAGGGUUGGCCAGGCCCUGCCGCCUCGGCAUCGCUCUCAUUCCUGCCGGCACACGGUGAGUGAGCAGCAGCACAGCUCGGCUCGGAACCCCCGAUUUACAGACAGGGAGAGAUGGCGGGUGGCAUUUUCUCCCCACUGGAGAGCUACUCUGAGCUGGAGAAGGCCAACUGCCACCCGUUGGUGUGCCUGCUCUGCCACGAGCCCUACCAGCACCCCUGCCUGCUUGACUGCUACCACAACUUCUGUGCCAGCUGCCUGCGAGGCCGUGCCAGCGAUGGCCGCCUGCGCUGUCCACUCUGCGGGCACCCCUCAGUGGUGAGGGGUGGCACAGGGCUGCCCCCGGUGGACCGGCUCCUGCAGUUCCUGGUGGACAGCUCAGCCGACAGUGAGGAGGACAUGCAGUGUGCCAACUGUGACCGGUGCUGCACCAAGGCGGAGCUGGACACCAUGUACUUCUGCAACACCUGUGGGCAGCCCCUCUGUGCCCCAUGCCGCGAGGAGACCCACCGUGCCAGGAUGUUCACCCGCCACGAGAUUGUCUCCCUCUCCAAGCGCACCAAAGACAUCCACAAGAAGUGCCCACUGCACGAGGAGCCCUACAUCAUGUUCUCCACUGAGAAGAAGUCCAUGCUCUGCAUCAACUGCUUCAGGGACAUGCAGGGGGAGAGCCGGGCACACUGCAUCGACAUUGAGACAGCGUACAUGCAGGGCUGCCAGCGGCUGGACCAGGCAGUGAUGGCUGUGAAGGAACUGCAGACCUCCACCCGUGAGGCCAUUGUCCUGCUCAAGGCCAUGAUCGAGGAGGUUCACAACAGUGCCAGUGAGGAGGAGGCAGCCAUCAACUCCCUCUUCAGCCGCAUGCAGGAGCAGCUCUCCGAGAGGAAAAAGACGCUCCUGAAAGCUGUGCAGAGCCAGCAUGAGGAAAAGGAGAAGGCAUUCAAGGAGCAGCUGGCCCACCUUGCCUCCCUGCUGCCCACUCUGCAGGUUCACCUGGUGACCUGCUCGGCCUUCCUGAGCUCUGCCAACAAAGCCGAGUUCCUGGACCUGGGCUAUCAACUGAUGGAGAGGCUGCAGAGGAUCGUCAAGCUGCCACACCGCCUGCGUCCAGCCCAGACCAGCAAGAUCAACAGCGAGUACCGGGCAGAGUUUGCCCGCUGCCUGGAGCCCCUCCUGAUGCUCAGCCCCCGCCGCUCUGUGGUGGGCAGCGCUGGUGGCAUCGGUCCUGGCAUCACCGGCACGAACAUGCUCCCUGGUGGCCAAUGCUCCAAGACUCUCAUCGUGCCCAGCUGCCCUCCAACCAGUGACAAAAUGUCCACCGGCCCCAUGGUGAAGAAGCCAACGAUGCACCGGUACAUCAGCACCAAGGUGCUGCUGGCCGAGGGGCGUGAGACCCCCUUCGCUGAGCACUGCCGCAACUACGAGAACACCUACCGGAUGCUGCAGACGGAGAUCCAGGGCCUGAAGGACCAGGUGCAGGAGCUGCACCGUGACCUCACCAAGCACCACUCACUCAUCAAAUCAGAGAUCAUGAGCGAGAUCCUGCAGAAGUCGCUGCAGAUGGACGUGCAGAUCGCAGCUCACUACUCCGCUGUGGAGAUGAUGCGCAGUGUCUUUGAGGAGGUUUGGGAGGAGACCUACCAGCGGGUAGCAAAUGAGCAGGAGAUCUAUGAAGCCCAGCUCCAUGACUUGCUGCAGCUGCGGCAGGAGAACAGCUGCCUGAGCACCAUCACCAAGCAGAUUGCGCCCUACGUCCGCUCCAUCGCCAAAGUGAAGGAGAGGCUGGAGCCCAGGCUGCAGGAGCCUCAGGAGCCCAAAGAAGAGGCCCAGAUGCUGCUCAAGAUCUGUGACGACAAUGAAGUGGUGCCAAGGGAUGCCUCACCUGGCAGCAACAGCGGGGCUUCAGCCAGCCCCGGGGAAGGCUUCAUGCCCAGGGACACUCCUGAAGACCCCUCCCCAAAAAAUAAAGACUGCUGCAGGGGCCAGCAGAAGAGCGGAGCAGAGAGUACUACCCUGGAAGAGCCAGCACCGUAGAGCCCAGUGCUGGGCAUGUCCUGGUCACUGACCAGCUCCUCUUGCCCAGUGCCACAAGCCAGGGCAGGAAACAGCACGGGCAGCCACGUCUGCAGCACAUACAAAAAUCUCAGGCAGACUUGCUUCUGAAAAACUCUGUGCUCUCCUUUCACGUGUCAAACUGAAAUAAAAGGGUGCAGUUGUCCAUGUUUGUGUGGUUCUGCAGUGCUGACAAAACAGAUCUGCUGGCUCAGGGUAUCCAGCUGUUCCUAAAA